CUCGAUUCGCUUUGGAAGGUAUAAAACACCAUAAGAAAUUUCCGAUGAAAUCCUCCACUUUUACUUAAGGAGAAACAGCAAACUUCCUCAACAGAGCCCAGGCUUAUCAAAUUUGCGAAGACACAGUGUGGAAGAUUGCCAAGAAAGAGUCUGGAAUUCCAUUUCGUCGUCUCAAAAUGACGGUCACUGUCUUGAAAAAAAGCUUUCUCUUGAGCUUCCAUGGAAACCCGGUACCUCUGCGUUGUUCAAGACGAGCUUUAUGUCAACUGGCAACAUCUUUUUCACCAUAUUACAGGAUUUUGCAGUCGCAGGCCUCCAAAUUUUGAAUCAUUCCAUCGGCCUGGAUAGACUAGUGGCUGGAGUUUCUAGGCGCAAGGGAGAAAUUGAUGAGGGUGAGAUCGAAAUCGAGCGAAAUGGGAGCGACGGAUGGAGUAUUAAAAGCGAUGAUCCCCAGGAGAGCGUAACGGUGGCUCCAGAGGGUAGUUCAAUUUCAAACCUAGAUGUACUAGGAAAAUACCGUUAUCUCGACCCAACGAGGCAUAUAACUAUACCAGUUACAAAAGGCGUGUGAAUGAGAGACGAUAUCGUUCUCUAUGCUUGCUGUGUUGUGAAAGCUGAUUCAAUGACUGCUCUUCAGUAUAAGAUGGAGCAUGUGGACAUACUCGCAGACCGCGUAGAG